AGAUUGGCGGACUACGACUUCGAUCCGAUUCUAAAUCAACCGCAGGUGUUGAUGCGAGAUCGGAAUGCGGUAGAGAAGAAACUACGUGCUUUGAUCGAUGAUGGCAAAGAGAAUCUUAUGGUGAUUUCUGAUUUUGACUACACUCUAUCCAAAUUCGAAGACAAUCGAGGGAGAAAGUGCUGGACCACUCAUGGAGUGUUCGAUAAUUGUGUCAAGCAAAUUGAUCCAGAAUUGGCAAACAAGUUCCAAGCGUUGAGAGAUAAAUACUUCCCUAUUGAAUUCGACCCGAAUCUGACAGCAGAACAAAAGGUUCCACUCAUGGAAGAACGGUCUGAUUGCGCACAAAAUGUCAUACUCCUUUUUAGAGAUCAAGCGGAUCACCUAAUGCGGCGCUUACAUCAGCUGGGAGUGCCUUUGGUCGUCUUCUCAGCCGGAAUCGGAAACAUCAUCGAGAUGUUUUUGAGGCAGAAAUUGGGUCAAAUUCCAGGAAAUAUCCGACUUAUUUCGAAUAUGAUGAAUUUUGACGAACAGGACAUCGUGGCUUCGUUUUCUGAACCACUCAUUCACACGUAUUGCAAAAACUCGUCUGUGGUUCGUAAAGAAGCCCAGACUAACAUUAUUCUCCUUGGUGACAGUAUGGGUGACAUUCACAUGGAUGUUGGUGUGGAAAAGAAAUCUCUAACGCUCAAAAUCGGAUUUCUUAACUCGGACGUAAACAAUCUGGUCGAUCACUACAUGGAAGUGUAUGAUAUGGUACUGGUACAAGAUCAAUCGAUGCAAAUACCGAAUUCUAUAGUGCAAGCUAUCGCCGAUGGCUUCGUGAAAUGUACAUCGUAUCGUUCAGUCACAUAG